CCAAUAUUCCCAAUAUUCGACGCGGGGCGGCCCCCAGGGUCAAGUGAUCUCUGCUUGGUGCUGCACACGACACCACUGUAUAAAGAGACGCCCUCCUCUGCGUCGAUUACCGCUUCUCUGGAAUCUCCCUGUGCCACGUUUCCGAAGCAGCCAUGUCGAUGCGAUCACUUAUUAUCAAGGAGCCUUACAAGGUCGCCGUCGAGGACCGCCCAAUCCCCAAGGUCAAAGACGAGGGGGACGUCGUCGUCAAGAACAAGCUCACGGCCCUGUGCGGCUCCGACUUGCACAUCUAUCACGGCCACCAGCCAGUGCCCCACUACGACUUCAUCCUGGGCCACGAGUUUGUCGGUGAGGUGCAUGAGGUUGGACCAGGCGUGAAGAACUUCAAGAAAGGCGACCUCGUCGUCAGCCCCUUUACCAUCUCUUGCGGAAGCUGCUUCUUCUGCGACAAGGGCCAGACGUCGCGCUGCGAGAAGUCAAAGGUCUUUGGGUCCGUGGUCCUCGAUGGCGCUCAGGCAGAGUACGUCCUAGUGCCCUUGGCCGACACGACCCUCUACCACGUUCCCACGGGCUUGCCUCCGGAGGUCGGCGUGCUCAUGGCUGAUAUCUUUCCCACGGGCUUCUUCGUCGCACGCAACGCCUACAACCUCCUCAACGAGCACGAGCGGGACGACGUGACGGCCGUCAUCAUUGGCUGCGGUCCCGUUGGGCUCUGUGCUGUGACGGCUGCGACGCACUUUUUCAAGAAUGUCUACGCCGUCGACCAGGUUGCCGAUCGACUUGCUGAGGCCAAGAAACACGGCGCCAAGGAAGCCUUCCACCUGACUGACGACGACGUCGUUCAGAAGAUCAAGGAUGUGACCGGUGGGCGAGGCGCUGACGUCGUGUGCGAGGUCGUCGGUGUCGAACCAGCGCUGCACCUCGCCGUGAACCUCAUCCGCAACUGGGGCGUCAUCUCUUCGUGCGGUAUUCACACCCAGCCCGUCACGCUCAAGGGUCUGGACCUCUACAACAAGAACAUCAGGUUCCAGUUUGGACGUUGCCCCGUCAGGGCCCUCUUCAAGCCUGCGCUCGAGAUCCUCACGCAGCACGCCGAGCUGUUCAAGAGCUUCAUUCAGCACACCGUCUCGAUCGAAGAGGCGCCAAAGUACUACGACCUGUUCGACAAGCGCAAGGUCCGCAAGACUGUCUUCAAAUUUGACUGAUGGAUCCAUCCCCCAUCUUGUCUAUAUGAUGUGAAGUCACGAAUGAAUUGAAAAUGAGUGCCCUUAGCAAUGACGAAUCGUGACACG